AAUCAUUUCUAAAACCAAUAUUCAUAAUUUUUUCAUUUCUAUUUCUCUUGAAACCCCAUGGCUUCCUUCUUGAAUGUUCUAAAAGAGGUUAUGUGUAUCUUACAUGAAUCUGGCAAACUCUUUCUCAAGAACAAGAAGUUGAUGUUCUCUGUCUUGGUAUUCCCUCUGUUUCUAAAUGUUUUAGUUUACUUGUUCAACGUCUUUGCCAUCAAACCCGAGAUAACAAACUUGAUUCAAGAAUCAAGUCUGAUACCUUUGAUGGAUCCAAGCACCCCAGAAUACUUAGCCCAUCUUAUGAAAGUCUUUCAAGAUUUUCAACAAUUUGUGGUGUCUUCAUACAUCUUUGCCGCAGUCUCCUCCGUCAUCAACCUUUUAUCGGUUCUAGUCAUCGUCCAUGCUUCUGCUCUUACUCAUAAAGAAGAGAAUGUGAAGCUCAAAGAUUUUCCGGUUCUUCUGACCCUUAAAUAUUGGAAGGGACCUCUUGUGACCUAUUUCUACAUUGUUCUGUUCACUCUUGGCUAUUGGUUUCUCUUCUUCAUAGUUCUUUUCCCUCUUCUUUUGUUCUCUACAAAACUCGAUUACUUGGCAGCCAAGUCUGGGGCUUUGUUUGUUCUGUUCUCAGUGUUUGAGUCCUAUUUAGCUAUCGUUUGGUAUCUAUCUUUGGUCAUAUCGAUCCUCGAGGAAACUUAUGGGAUCCAAGCUUUGGGGAAAGCUGCAAAGAUCGUUAAAGGGAUGAAACCGAAACUAUUCCUCUUGAAUCUUUUCUUCGGUUUAGUGUCCUUCGGUUUAGUUCAGAUAGUGAGGCGGGUGGAUUUGAACAGUUCAUUUCCAGUUAUCUUAACCAUCGGUUUGGUUCUUGUGAGUUCUAUCGCUGCAGUGAGGAUGUUUCAGCUUGUGAGUUACACCAUUACCUAUUUCCAAUGUAAGGGACUCCAAGGCAAAGACGUUGAGUCGCUGAGGGAUGUUGAAUAUAUGAAACUAUCCUCCACUACGCUCAUAGGAGCAUUGCCUUGAAGUAUUUGAAGAGAUAUGGUAUAGUCUCAUGAAUGUAUUGUGUGUUUGUAAUCGGAAUUGGUUACGUUGUAUAUAUAUAUAUCAAUAAUCAAAGGUCUGGUUGAAUAUCUAGAAUGAUAUAUUUUUAUUAUGUUAUUGCCGUGUAACUAUUUCGAUUAAAAUGCCAAAGCCACUGGAUUACUAAAUAACUCAGUCUUCAGGAUAAAUAAACACAAGUGUGGGAAACUUUUCUCGACUUUCUUUAGUUUGACAUGUUCAGGUUUCAAGAGCAAACAUAUACCAAGACUUUGAUGUUCUAUGUUUCAAUAGUGUGAAAUUUACAUGCGUAUGACUUUGCCUCCAUGUGAGGUGUUUAUAAUUAUACAUAGAAAAGCAAAUAGAUAUGUCAUGAAUUGCAUUUCAAUUUUGUGUGAAGUGUUUAGGUGUUUCAGUCUCAUUUCGCAAAUUACAUUGACAAAUAUCACAUUAUAUAUACUAUCAAAUUCAAAACCCUUGGUGUUACAUAGUAAGUUCAUACAGUACAACAAUAUGAUUUGAUGGUGUCAUAUGUAACAGUAGAACGGACUAGUUUUUCAUGGAUCAUACUUGUCAAGCUCAUAAAACUCAAUGUUCUUGUACUUCUGCGAGAUGAUCUCAGCUUGAACCUUUCUUGCAGUAUCUGUCGCGCACCCUACGAGAA